CAUUCCUAAUCUAUGUAUCAGAAAAUGUGAUACAGUAGAACAAUCACAUGACUAGCAAAUAGUCCAUUCCCUCGACCGCAAACCGCCACGCCUUAGAAGAAAAACCCACGCGCUCUCUGCUUACCGCGCAAUUGCAGGAUGGCAUCCUCAUACAUUCCACCUGCAUACAACAUUGAAUCUCAACACAACGGCACCGCACAUCUCGCCAUCAAGAACACCUUUGUUCGCCGUUUCUUAACGCGACUAGCGUUGCAUACUGUGGCGAAAUUCCAUUCGUGGGAUGGCCUUUGCGUCCCGAUCUCGAAACACAUAAUUGUUAAGACUGGGCGUCGAGUUCACCUCACGGAAGCAUACAUUGUUAUGGAGAGGAUCCAAGGUGAAGAACUACCAAUCGCCUGGAAAAGCAUGUCCGAAGAAUCAGUCGAGGGUAUUUUCGGGCAGCUCAAAAAGAUCUUUCAGGAGUUGCGCUCGCUGACACCUCCACCGGGUACGGGCGUGGAAAGCUGUGUCGGGGGAUCCUUGUAUGACUCUCGCAUACCUCGUGGAAACCCGCGUUUUGGUCCGUUUAAGACAAUUCAAGCAUUUCACUUCUGGCUGAGACGAGAUUUGAAACCUGAGGAUCUAAAAGAUCGGGAAAAAGACCAAGAUUGGCACGACCUCCAGGACAUGAUGAGCAAGCAGGAUGGGCCAUGGCCUCCACCAGUGUUUACACAUGGCGAUUUAAAUCCCUUCAAUAUUCUUGUUUGUGGGGGUAAGGUGGUUGGAAUAAUUGACUGGGAGUUCUCGGGAUGGUAUCCGCAUUAUUGGGAAUAUACAUCAGCCUGGUAUGGCAAUGUAACAAGAACGGAAUGGCAGGGCAUGAUCAUUAAGCUUCUUAAUCGACCAUGUCCUGAAGAGAUCAAGAUGGAAGAAGUUCGCAAUAAAUGGUGGGGUGAGUAA